UUACUUUUCAGAAAAUCAAAACCAAUCCAAGGUUAUUGAUUGUAAUGAUUACUGACGGCUGCGAAAGAGUUCGACACAGACAUGUGUUUUCAAAAGCAAACAUAUUCUCGGUCUGUGUUUGUCUCUCUUUUUCGGGUCAAUGAGCCCAAGAGGAGAGUGUGACAACAGCAACUAAGAAUAAUGCUUGUGUUUACAUUACCAGACAAAUCGUGUUCUUUUCAGUGGAAUGCAUCAGCCUCACUGACUGCUCAGUGUUUAUUAGAGAAGUCUUCAUGACGGACAUGCAGCGUGUCACUUUCUGUUGGUUGUCCUGAUGGAACCGACUUAACAGGACUUCUCCAAAAUCUUUUAAUUAUUAUCACAGGAUUUUUGAUCCACUUCCACCAUUACCAGAACCGAAAAUAACAGAGCUGCCAUGCUGAGACGAGGAAGAAAUGGCCGGGCUCGGCCUUGGGCCAGGAGCGAAACACGGCGAGAGACAGAUGCCAUGGCAAAGAUCCAGAUGAUGGACAGAGAUGAGUGGGAAGACCAGAUCUCGACGGAGAUCAGCGACAUGGAGGCUAAAGUGGAUUACCAUGCUGUGAGUUCCCAGGCUGUCUCUGACGUGGUGGCCUUACCCAGCACAGCGGCGUCGAUAGGGGAGUCCUUCUGCCAGUGUCAGCCACAGGAAGAGCUAAGCCAGGGAAUAGCUGCCAUCAGUGACUGCCUCUGUGGGGAGGAGGAUCAGACUGCUGACUCUGUCGACUCAUUCUUGAUACCAUGCUGGACUCAAGGUUUUGACUGGGAAUGGGACGAGCACUUCAAGUCCUCCGGAGCCCUUCUCAGCGGUGACAACAGGAAAGUGAGCUUCCACUCUGACUACAGCUGUGGCACAGCUGCCAUCCGCGGCACCAAGGAGCUGACAGAUGGCCAACACUUCUGGGAAGUCAAGAUGACCUCUCCUGUGUAUGGAACCGAUAUGAUGGUGGGAAUUGGAACAAAAGAGGUCAACCUGGAGAAGUUCAAGUACAACUUUGGCAGCCUGCUGGGCCAUGAUGAAGACAGCUGGGGGCUCUCCUACACAGGUCUCCUCCAGCACAAAGGGGACAAAGUGGACUUCUCCUCUCAGUUUGGGCAAGGCUCCAUCAUUGGAGUGCACCUUGACACUUGGCAUGGUACCCUGACCUUCUACAAGAAUCGGCACUGCAUAGGUGUUGCUACCAGAAGGCUCCCGAACAACAAGUUUUACCCGAUGGUGUGCUCCACAGCAGCCAAGAGCAGUAUGAAGUUGAUCCGUGCCUGUCAUACACCCACCUCCCUGCAGUACCUGUGCUGCGCCCGGCUCCACCAAAUGUUGCCCCGUUGCCCAGACGUACUCAGUGCGCUGGAGCUGCCCCCAGGUCUGCGCACGCUCCUCCACGUACAGCUGGGCUGGGUCUUCACCCUCAGCAGCAGCCCUGAGGCCUCGGAGCAGCACAGGAACUUGCCUGAGGAAUUCCACGGUGAGACAAGCCUGCCUUUGAGCCCCUGCCCCAGCCCGGUAUCGCCCCUGAGUGCCUGCACCUCCCGGAGUUCCUGCACCAGUCCAUUCCCCGAAGCGGCCUCAUACCAGUGCACCUGUCAGACGUCCCAUCGAACUCAACCCUGCACUUGCCACUGCCCUCCAACUCCUCCCAGCAGCGACUAUGAUAGCUGCUGUUCAGAGCCUGAGGAUUACCAAUGCAAACGAUGCCGCUGGACAUGAGUUGAGGUCAAAACCUACUUCCAGUUGUUUGGCACACAGCUAUUCUACUAUUGCCAUCAGUCUCCUGACAUAGAUCAUGAAGAAAAGAGCGAUCUUAUCUUUUAGCCAAUAUUUGAUUUGACGUGAGCGAAUUGUUGCUUCUCUUUUAUAACUAGAAAUUUUAUACCAUUUACAUAACUUUGUCCAUGAAAGGAGAAAAGAGAGUGAGACUUUAAGUCAAAUUGACAUUUUAGAGUGACAUUGGGGUCAUUCAUUCUCAUUUUUAGCAAAAUUCUAUCUGGGGAUCCGGGGGCUUAUAAGAGCCAAAUGUACUUCUCUGAUUGACACACACACACACUGAAAAUCUUGCGAAUGUUCACACUCUCGUUCUCGGGGAUGGACUCCAGGGGGAGCGGAGUUGCUUUUUGAUACCAUGAAAUGACUUUUUUUGCGCUUGUACUCUGUAACCAGCACUUGGCUUGAAUGUCAACAGUGGUUGUGUUAUUGCUUACAAGAUCAUUUGCUACUGUGUUUUUACAGUUUAUGCUUUGUUUAUGAACUUUCUUACUCUAUAAAAUAAAAUACAUGGAAAAAGGAAAA